AUGAGCUCGAGUAUGGUUGUGCCUUCAAGGGGAUUGCGGGCGUCGUCAUUUCGUAUCCAGAGUGAUAGGAGUACAAUCAAACAUGGCGCUGCGUUUAUCACGAGACGCUCAACUAAUACUCUCGCGCCAUCUCUCACUUUCCUAUAUACGAAUGCUGGUUCGCCAGUACGGGGGAGUGUGUGUUCAACAACAUCAGAAACAAUGCAAUCAACAACACCAGAAACGAUCGAAGAAUUGCAAUUAUGUCAGGAGGAACUGUACUGCGUUCCUCAAGGGUCCAGUCGAAUCAUAUUUUCCGCUCAAGAUCCUUUUUCAGAUAGAGUUGCUACUCGCGCCAAUGCUCUUUCAGCCGUACCAGUUGGUGUGUCAUUUUCUACUGCCUUCAGUGACCUAACUGGUAACCAUGCGUUUAUGUGCGCAUUUUUAAGCUGGCUUGUCGCUCAAGUCGCGAAGAUAUUUACUGCAUACUAUCGUGAGGGUCGUUGGGAUUACAGAGUAAUGUUUGACAGUGGUGGCAUGCCCAGUUCUCACACAGCUCUUGUCGUCGGUUUAACGACCUCUAUCGCGCAUCUGCAUGGCUUAGGGAGUGUGCAUUUCCCAAUGUCAUUAGCGUUCACGUUGAUUGUUAUGUACGACGCGGCUGGAGUGAGACGACACGCUGGGAAACAGGCUGAGGUACUGAACAAGAUUCUUGCUGACACUUUUCAUGGGUCGCCACUGAGCAAUACCAAGCUCAAAGAAGUUUUGGGGCAUAGUCCGUUGCAGGUAGUGUGUGGAGCUAUCCUCGGUGUGCUCGUAGCGUCAUUCUACAUGCUGAAGUUCAGCUAA